AUGUCAACAAGUUCAGAAAGUUCAGAUCAAGAAGAAUUUUUGAAUGAGACAUUGUCGUCCAAGGCAAGACCGAGGAAAGAAGAGUUAUCAGAAGCUCUUACACAAAUAGAAAAAGUGAAAAAUAUUUUAACUAAUGCAUUACAUAGUAAAAAAAAUUAUGAAAUUAUACGAAAAGAUUUGUCAGAAGAAAAAGAUAAAAUUUCAAAACUUCCAAAUGUAAAAGACCCCAUGGAGAUUCCAAAAAUUCAUAAAAAAUAUUUAAAAAAAGUAUUCAACAUUUCAAGUAAGAAAAACACUAAACUAGUAGGCAAGGAGCUAAAUAAUUAUUUAAAAACAUUUUUGAGAGAUGGUAGUAAUACCGAUAUAAAUAUGCCAAAGGCUUAUAUGCUUAAUGAAUAUUCUUAUGAAGAUUUAUUAAAAUUUCUAAAGGAUUAUAAAGACUUGUAUAAAAUGUUUGAAAAUAAUAUAUUACAUGAUUCGUGUUUAUAUGGGUGUAUUUUAAAUAAAUUCUUUGAUGCAUACCAAAUAAAAAUUCAAAAUGACGAAGGAAGUGAAUCUUAUUCAGAUAUUUUAAAAAAAGAAUUCGAAAUUUCUGACGGAUAUGCUCGAAAAUUGCGUUGGUUAGGGAAGCUGUGGUCAGGUCAUAAGAAAAUAGGAAAUCUAUGUAUAGCAUUCUCAAAACUGUAUCAGCACAAAAAACAAUUGGACAUUUUUUUUAAAUCUGAACUUGCAAAAGAAUGGGAGUAA